AUGGAAAGCGAUGGUGUGAAGCGGGAGGAACUGCAAGGAGCGACAGGCGAGGCUGCUGGUCUCGAGGUCGAAGCACAGGAGACCGCCCCACAAGAGAAUCCUCCACAGGAAGAUGUUUCUCGUAGGAUGACAGAAAUCCUCUCCAUCGCAUCUGAAUGUAUCCAACCGGAGGAGCUGAAGGCCAGGCUGCUCCUGAGGAGGCGGCUGAUCUGCUACGAUGGGUUCGAGCCGUCCGGACGGAUGCACAUUGCGCAAGGACUUCUGAAGUGCCAAAUUGUGAACAAGCUGACGAGUAACGGGUGCACGUUCAUCUUCUGGAUCGCAGACUGGUUCGCACAGCUGAACAACAAAAUGUCUGGAGAUUUAAAAAAAAUAAGAAAAGUGGGUAAUUACUUCAUAGAAGUGUGGAAGAGCUGUGGAAUGAACAUGGAGAACGUUAAAUUUCUGUGGGCUAGUGAGGAGAUCAAUAAAAAACCCAAUGAGUACUGGUCAUUAGUUAUAGACAUAUCCAAGAGCUUUAACAUUAACAGAAUAAAGAGAUGCUUAAAAAUAAUGGGGAGAUCAGAAGGAGAGGAAAAUUAUUGCUCACAAAUUAUGUACCCUUGCAUGCAAUGUGCAGAUAUAUUUUUUUUGAAUGUUGAUAUUUGCCAACUCGGUAUUGAUCAGCGGAAGGUAAACAUGCUAGCUAGAGAAUACUGUGAUAUAAAGAAGAUAAAAAAGAAGCCUAUAAUUUUGUCACAUGAAAUGCUUCCGGGGCUUUUGGAGGGACAAGAGAAGAUGUCAAAAUCUGAUGAAAACUCAGCCAUCUUUAUGGACGACUCCGAAGCUGACGUCAACAGGAAGAUUAAGAAAGGCUACUGUCCACCCGGUGUAAUUGAGAACAACCCCAUUUUUGCAUACGCCCGGAAUAUUAUAUUUCCGCAUUACAAUGAAUUUGCUCUUCUCCGCAAAGAAAAAAACGGAGGCAACAAGACCUACACCACCAUCGCUGAACUAGAAGCGGACUACCUCAGCGGCGCACUUCACCCUCUCGACCUAAAGGACAACGUUGCUCUCUACCUCAACAAAAUGCUACAACCGGUUAGAGACCAUUUCCAAAACAAUGCCGAAGCGAAAAGUUUGCUUAACGAAAUCAGAAAGUACAAGGUAACCAAAUGA